CUUGUCAACGACUCGCUAUCUCACUGGCUGCACAGAACACCUGCUGGCUGUCGUAGCUGUCGUGGUGGGUCAUGUAGCGAGUACUGACAGUGACACCGGUGACGCGCCGAUACACAGGAAAGUGCACAGCGGCUUCAGUCAGUAUCUGCUCUCUUGACGAAGGGGGAAGUCUUUGCCCUUCGUCGCAUACGCAACUGCUAACAUCCGUGAGAAGAGCGCACAGCUCUCGCAGAUAUCCAAGCGAUACAACUGCAACCGCCGUGCCCUCGCAUCAAAACCGAUUCCACGAGGAAAUUUUUUGUGGCUGACGAGUUUUGCCUGUGAUUGUGCCGCAAAUGAUGCUGAGCUUAACGCGGAGACUGACCUUCGGCCGAGCCGUUAGCAGCCGGGUUAGCGCGGCCCUGUGGUCUUCGUCGGCGGCGACACCCGAAGAACGCUUCAAAGUCGCUGUCGCCAACCUCGACAAGUUGUCCGAGGAGCCCUCGAACGACGUUAAGCUCAAGUUGUACGCGUUGUACAAACAGGCCACAGUGGGCAAAUGCAACACGUCCAAGCCAGGCGUUUUUGAUCUGGUCAACAAGGCUAAGUGGGACGCCUGGAAUACCCUCGGGGACAUGCCUAAGGAAAAGGCACAAGAUGAGUAUGCCUCGCUCGUCGACAAGCUUGGUGGUAGUGCCAUCAGCGCCAGCUCGUCGAGCGCUGCCGAGUCCGCACAGUCGCAGUCUGUCGCCACUGGUGGAGACCUCGUGUCGAGCGUCGAGGACAAGGGAUUUGUGAUCCGCUUCAACCGGCCUGCCAAAAAAAACUCCAUCACGCUUGAGAUGUACGAUACAAUGAUCGACUACCUUAAGGAGGCAACCGAGCGAGACGACGUCCACUACCUGGUGCUCACGGGCACAGGUGACUUCUUCUCGAGCGGCAACGACUUGGGCAACUUCAUGAACCGGAUGAAGACGGGCGCCCCGCCCGAUGUGCUAGCCAAGGAGGCGGCUGAGCUCGUGCGUCGGUAUGUUGCUGCUUUCAUCAACUUUCCCAAGCCGGCAGUGGCUCUGAUCAACGGUCCUUCCAUAGGCGUUUCCUGCACAGUUCUAGGUUUGUUCGACUUCAUUUACGCCUCGGACAAGGCUUUCUUUCACACACCAUUCACACUGCUCGGUCUGAACCCUGAAGGCUGUUCUUCCUACACAUUCCCAAGGGCCAUGGGUGUGGCGAGGGCCAACAGGGUGUUGAUGCUCAACGAACAGCUCAGCGCGCAGGAGGCUAAGUCGUGCGGAUUCGUCACCGACGUUUUCCCUCAUGCCACGUUCCAUGAGGAGGCCAAGAAGAGGCUUCAGCAGCUCGCCAGGCUUCCGCCCAAGGUAUUUUUAUCUACAGCAUUAGCAGGCAUUUGUCAAGCAUAUCACCAAAGCGCCCGGUACAAGCUCGGCAAGGAGUGCCCCUAG